UUUUAUACAGUGUAAGGCACUGAGUGUGGAGGGGAGGUGGAAACUACAGUAGAAUAUUGUUAUUCCGCCCAUACACAGUGAGGACGUCAGCAGGCUGUCUGCAUCAGCACCAUGGAGCAGAGAGGGCAUCAUUAGUUUCCAUGGCAACACUGACAUAGCAAGUGACGCAGGCGUGAUAGAGAGAGAAAGGUGAAUGGGUUGAGGGAGAAGAGGAGGCUGUUAGCGACCGCAGUGCAGGUUGUGUAGGUGGUCGGAGGAGGUGUUACAGUGCGUGAGUGAUGUGGUUGAGAGGCAGAAAUCAAUGUUGAUUCUAUAAGCACAGAGGCUCUAUCAUGAAUGAGAGAAAGGUUCUGCUUUCUCCACCCUAUGGAGAGCACAUUAUCUCCAUUAUGCCAGCUCAGAGCCACAUAGGGUGCAGUAUCCAGAAUGUGUGAGUCAUUUCGCAACCCGAGGGUGUGGACCACAGAGUGCGCCGAGAAUUUAAAAAGAAAAAAGGAGCUGUUCCUGUAAGGCGAUAUUAGAUUAGCUCUGCCUUCUUAACAACAGUCUGGGGGGGAAAAAAAGGGUUUGUCCUCUAAACUCAGGUGAUGGAGUGUGUCAGAGGUUGUGUAACCUUUCAAUUCCUCCUCCCUCAGCCAGAGAACUGUCCUUUGACUUUAACUCUCUUGGGAGAAGCUAACUGGGUAUGUAUGUUCAGCAACGCCCUGUGUCACACUCACGCUGUUACAGUACAUACAUUCACACCUGGGAGCAGCCCAGUAAAACCACUCAGCAGCUCUACUGGAGCAGCUGGUUUGGGGGUUGCAUGUUCAUUAAUGGGCUGUCUCAACAGUUCUCUUUUUUUUUUAAUUCACUUUAGCCGCCCACUUAUAAAACGUCCUCUCUAACCCUUAAUAUGCAAAUGCAGUGCAGAUGCUCAGUUUUCAUUUACAGCACACAUGUGGCUUGAAUUACAUCAUAUUGCAUUAAAACACUCGGAUUAAAAGGAUCAGUUUUCAUGUUCUCCUGUCGGCUUUCCAAAACUGUCUUGUGGUGCAAGGUGAAAAAAUACAAAAUUCAUGAGUUCUCUUUGUUUCUGUGUAUGGAUGCAUGCCCAUACAGUAGAUGGCAGUGUGAGCCAUCCAGAUCUGGUGUGUCAUUUCCUUUCAGCUCUGAGCCAGAAGAAGAGAGCAGCAAGCGUAGACAAUCCUGGGAUUCUUGUUUGGGAUAUUUGAUCCCCUUACUGUAAAUCUAUGACCAUUCCUUUCAUAACAACCAAGGAUAAUGGCCAAUAAGAAGAAAGUAAUAGUAACAGGUUUUGAGCCUUUUGGUGAGCAUGCAGUGAACUCAAGCUGGGUGGCAGUGCAGGAACUGGAGCGAUUAGGGCUGGGUGAAGCAGUAGAUCUUCAUGUGUGUGAGGUGCCCGUUGAAUACCAGGCUGUACAGAGCCUACUGCCAUCACUGUGGAAAGAGCACCAGCCACAGUUAGUGGUCCAUGUCGGUGUUUCUGGGUUAGCCACCACUGUCACUCUGGAGCAGUGCGGCCACAACAACGGUUACAAACGUCCGGACAACUGCAGCUUCUGCCCAACUUCCCAGUGUUGCAUAGAGAAUGGCCCCGACUGCAUACACUCGGUCCUGGACAUGGAUUCUGUCUGCAAAAGGGUCAAUGACUCUGGCCUCGGGGUCACUCUCUCUGUGUCUAAGGAUGCUGGAAGGUAUCUGUGUGACUACACCUACUACACCUCUCUGCACCUGGGGCACGGCCGCUCUGCCUUCAUCCAUGUGCCUCCACUGGGGAAACCCUACAACAGCCAGGAGCUGGCGAGAGCUCUUCAGGCCGCUGUACAGGAGAUGCUGAAACAGCUGGAACUGGAUCACGAACACAACGAGUGCUGCAAUCACAAGCAUCAAGACGGGCAUGACCACUAAUGACCGACUCUGAGUAGGCUCGUAGAAUAAAUUCACCAAAAUGAACGGCUGGCUUUAAUACAAGCUUUAAUCAACUACUGAGGCAAGUUAAAUGAUAAUUGAUUAAGGUGUGGUGCUCAAAAGAUUAAAAAACUUGUGACUCAUAGUGCAGGUAGUGAUCAGUCAGUCCAUUAGCUACAGGAUUGAAUGCCAUUAUGGUGAAUGCCAUUUGGUGCUAUUAACUGUAAUAUCAGUGACAUGUGUUGUAUCUCAAACAUAUUGAAGGUUUUACAGAUUGCAGCACCCUGAUUACAGCAUCUGUUUAUUGAAGACCUGGUCUGGGUCCUUGCAUGUGUAGGUUUGAAUGUGUGUGCAGGAGUAGUGGGCAGCUGUGAGUGUUACUCAUGUCCUUACAAGCGUGCUUCCAAAAGACUGUGGAAACUUUACACUUAUGGGCAUAUUAACAUUGUAUCAUGUGAAAAGGGAGAUUUAUGAGACUAUAUGAACAUGGAAUUAGUAGUAAUAAGAAGGUAGUAGCUAAAACUACAAGCUAUGUAUGGCAACACACUGUGGGAACGUUUACGGUUUCACUUACUUGCAUUACACUCACUUUUUGAGCCACAUCCUUCCACUGUCACCUGUGAGUCUGUCCUCCCUCUCUCUCUUCUCACAAGUCUCACAAAUCGUCUUGGUAUGCUUCGGUUGUUGUCUUGGAAUUAUGAUGUCAUUCCCUUGUGUUGCUUGUAUUUGCACCAGAAAAAUGUGAUGACUUUGAAAUGACGGGAACCUAAAGAGAUUUUAAGAUUCACACACACUAAUUAUUGAUCGUUUAUCUCAGGGAAUAUAUUGCACAUGCAAUCAGUAUUAAAGGUCCAGUGUGUAACAUUCAGGAGGAUCUAUUGGCAGUAAUGGAAUAUAAUAUGCAUGAUGAGCCUUUUAUAUAUACCGAGGCCACGGGUCGCCUUCCAUGGAGUCCGCCAUGUUGAAUCGCAUGUUUCACUGGUUCUAGGGUGAAGUGAGGGAAAUGCAAAUACAGAGCAGAUGCCACUAAAUCCUACACACUGGACCUUUAAAUUAUGUUAUAAAUAAAAUAAGUGUGUCUGUCCUAUGUAUGUAGUGCAGUUGUGCAAGGCAAAGCCAGCGUAAAGCUGUGUAUAAUUAAAACACGUUACACAGUUA